AUGGGGUCCCAUCACGAAUCGCCGUUCUGCCUCCGCUGGGGCAUUCUAGCCACCGGCACGAUCGCGGAAAAAUUUGCGCGAGAUCUGCUGUUCGACCCCGCCACGCGCGAGGUGACCGACGUGUCGCAUGCCCUGGUGGCCGUCGCCUCCUCCCGCUCCGACGAGACCGCUCGCCGCUUCAUCGACAAGAUCGAAGCUCCCGCCCCCUGCGCCGCCUACGGGAGCUAUGAGGCCCUGGUGGCCGACCCCAGUGUGGACGUUGUCUACGUCGCCUCGCCGCAUUCGCACCAUUACCAGAAUGCCAUGCUCGCCCUGCGCGCGGGCAAGCAUGUCUUGUGCGAGAAGGCCUUCACCAUCAAUGCGGGUCAGACGCGAGAGCUCGUCAGCGCAGCUCGCGAAGGAGGACGCUUCCUGAUGGAAGGCAUGUGGACGCGGUUCCUGCCUAUCGCGAUUCAGAUCCGCCAGCAGAUCCAGGAUGGCGCAAUCGGGCCCGUCCUCCGGGUCUUCGCGGACAAUGCCAUUGGCACAGACGCGCUCCAGGAACUGAAGCACAGCUAUUUGACCAAGAAGGAAUUGGCUGGCGGGGCUCUGAUGGACUUGGGAGUCUACCCCAUCCAUUGGGUGUUCCAGGCACUGCAUCUUCUCAAAGACCGGAAGCCGAGUGCGAUCUCGUCCACCAUGAGCCCCCUGGUCACUGCCGACGUGGACGAAUCAACCACGAUCGUCCUGACCUUUCCCGAGGGGCCAUCUGGCCCCUCAUCGGUGCUGGCGGUGGCCAGCGCCAGUCUCCGUGCGACCGCCGACCCUGAUGGCCAGACCCCGGUGGUUCGGAUCCAGGGGGAUCGCGGGGAGAUCCAGGUCUUCGGGGUGCCGUGGUGUCCUUCCAGGUACCGCUUGAUCACGCGUGAACAGGCAUUCGGCCAGGUCGGGGACGCAGAGGAGUUUUCGUUUUCCAUCCCCGGAGGUGCGCAUGGACUGUGCUUCGAAGCGGACGAGGUAGCGCGAUGCAUCCGAGACGGACGCACGGAGAGUGCCGGUCUACCCUGGAAGGAGAGUCUUGAGGUGAUGGACAUUUUGGAUGCGGUGCGGCGGGCCAAUGGGCUGUCCUUCCCCGACAUCAUCGAGACCACGGAGUACCCCGUGGCCUUGGGUGCAAAGCUGACAUGACAUAACUUCUGGCCCAUGGAAUAUGGCCGAAACAACUGAGUUGAGGCUAUCUGAAAGUCUAGGAACAUCCUAGCAGGAAACCCCAGAGAACAGGUAGAAUAAGCGAAAUUCACACAAGGUCCAGGGGUUCCUGAUUGCUCAGUAGGCGAGAACUGUAGCUGCAGCAGAUGAUAGUUACCUUUACCUACUAAGUACUUACUACGGUAUAUCUCUGGGAGGCGUUAAUUCCCGUCUUAUUCUCCCCGGGUGGUACUACAUGUGUCGGCGGGAUGUUGACUGAGAGACCAUGGCUAACCAUACCGUACGGUAUAGUAUCUAGCGGCAGUCAGCCAGCCAGCCGGGUAAACACCACCUCAUGUCGCGUACUAGGUAAGGUAGUAAGUAGUAUCAUCGUAUCAUCUCAAACACCGUCGUACCAGAAUCAUCUCCAGUGGGGAGGAGGAAC